GAAUUCUGAAUCCCGUGCUCAAAAGGUCAAGCUUAGCUCAAGCUGUAUGCUGAGGAGAACUGUCCAGGGAGCAAAAGAGAAGCAGCUCCCUCACCGCAGGACUUCGCCUCUGUACACGCGGGGGCAGACAGCGAGCUGUGUGGUGACGGGGCGCUGCCUCAGGACACUCAGGAACCGCGAGCUCCCGGGACCGCAGUGCCCUGGGAACGCCCCCGAACGCUGAGCCUCCCGAGUCCUGGAGCCGAAGAAGAUACGCACAGACCACCAGCUAGGCUCAAAUCUUGCGGCGGUCCCAGCUUCGUGGAGUCACAAGACAAGAGCGUCAGAGAGGACGAAUUCUCAGAACUCUGGUCCCAGGCGCACGGAGGCGGCCUCGCUGUUCUGGUGCUGAACCGCCGCGGUGUCGCUGGUGCCGCCGCGGCCGCCGCGGGAGCUGUCCAGUGCUGAACACGGAUGCGGCCGGGCUCGCGAGGCUCAGACCCGCGCCUGCCGCACCCAGCGGGGCCCGGACCCAGCUUCUGGGAGCUCUGACGCAGUGCGCGGGGAGACCAGGGAGCAGUGGGCUCCCAGCUGGGCAUGGAUCUGCAGAGACUCGACUCCUACCAGGGGGGACUUGGCCCCGACUUCAACGAGCAUGUCCUGCAUAAGACCAUCCUGGUGGGUGACAGCGGCGUGGGGAAGACAUCUCUGCUGGUUCAAUUCGACCAGGGCAAGUUCAUUCCGGGCUCCUUCUCGGCCACGGUGGGCAUCGGAUUCACAAACAAGGUGGUGACAGUGGAUGGUGCAAGGGUGAAGCUACAGAUCUGGGACACUGCAGGACAGGAGCGCUUCCGAAGUGUCACCCACGCCUACUACAGAGAUGCCCAGGCCUUGCUCCUGCUCUAUGACAUCACCAACAAAUCUUCCUUCGACAACAUCAGGGCCUGGCUCACCGAGAUUCACGAGUAUGCCCAGAGGGAUGUGGUGAUUGUGCUGCUAGGCAACAAGGCGGAUGUGAGCAGCGAAAGGGUGAUCCGUUCGGAGGACGGAGAGACUCUGGCCAGGGAAUACGGCGUUCCCUUCAUGGAGACCAGCGCCAAGACGGGCAUGAACGUGGAGUUAGCCUUCCUGGCCAUUGCCAAGGAGCUGAAACACCGGGCAGGGCGGCAGGCCAACGAGCCCAGCUUCCAGAUCCGAGAUUAUGUGGAGUCCCAGAAGAAACGCCCCAGCUGCUGCUCCUUUGUGUGACUCCCAAGGGGCUGAGAAGAGGCCCUCAGGAUAUAGCUGUCUCCCCAACACUGGCUUAUUAGUGGCUGAGCCAAGCAAGAGUCAAGAGGUCCAGUACACAGCCCUUUCGCCCAGGCAGCUGCCUCAUAGGUCCCACCCCUAUUCCUGUAGCUUCCUGUAUCCUGGGGAAGGGCAAAAUAUUUUAUCUCUUUAUCUGAACGAUACAUAAUACCAAAACAAGAAAAAAGAAAAAGGCAACAGGAUGCCCAGAAAACUGAGAUAGGGACCUGGCAGUCCUUCUGCCUUCUUGAACUUAGAACUCGGACCUGAGAGGCUGGGCCUUCCUCCUAGCAACAGGGGUGGUACUGCCCCAGCUGGGUGUCAGGGGACACUAUCGCCCCUGUGAGAGCUGCUAGUGACCCCCCUCGCCAUUCUUCCGUCACCUGGAAGGGCUAAACAGCCCUGGCCUCCACUUCCGGCUCCCCGGGGCACGCUAUCCCCCAGUAAAUUUCACUGGGAGCCUAGACCUGGGGAAGAUAGGAGUUGUAGAGAUUGGGAGGGGCCAGCUUCCUGGGGCAGGAAAAAAGGAGUAGAGACUAGGGUCUGCCCUGCAGCUACCUCUGACCUUCUGACCCCUUCCUGGCAGUGUGCCCCCUCCCCUCCAGCACACAAGCACCCUGGAGCACCUGGAAACUUUGGCUUCUGUUCCCCAGACCUCAGAUCCCAGAGGAACCCCUCCCUACAUCACUGUCUCAUCUGCCUUUCUGCUUGUGUCUCUAGACACUGGAGAUCAGUUAGGAAAAGGUCUUUCUUCCCUUUCUAAUCCUUCAGAGGGUGAGAAACCCCACAGCUACUUCUUCAAGCAGCAGAGGUGCUUAGCUCCCCUGGGAUAAGGGCCAGACAAAGAGAAACUCCUCGAUCCUGGACCAUGAGAGGCAGACUUGAGCACACCUGCCCCCAAGUCUAUCUCCCUAAACCCAAGCUCUCCCACCAACCCAACUACCAUGCCCUUCGCUUUAACUUCUCAGACACCAGGGCAAGAACUGCUUUAUCUCCACUCCUACUGAGACACAUUAGGGAGUGGGAAAUCCUCCGUUUCGGGGGGAACCAGUGCAGAGUACCGAGUAGGGACAAGUGGGUAAGCCUAGGGCAGCAAAGAGUUCGUGUAAGCCCAGCGUCACAUUUUUCCCAAAGCUCUCACCUCAAUCUUCGGGAAGUGAACCAGAGACAUGCAGGUUGAGACCUUCAGGCACCUCACUCCAGCCCUGCAGGCCAGGGGUAGGGGAGGGGUAGGAAAGAAGUAUUCGUGGCACAUUUAUGAGGCUGCUACAUUUGCUUUCAAGGCAGGAAUCUUGCUCUCUGAGCUCCCACUUGGGCCGAUAAGAUAAGGAAGCUCUCCCUAGCCUCUCCCAGGUGGAGCAGGGAGAGGCCUGACCUCGCAGGUCUCUUCUGGGACCCCAGGCAGGUUGCAAAAGAUCCGGGCACCCAGGCAGCGUUUGUGUUUUUCAGAAUUAAAUUGCAGUAUUUUGGAAAGUA